UAUUGUGUUUAAAUUACUAUUUACUCAUUGCGUUCUAUUCGUAGGAGUUUUCUGAACCAGCCCAGAAGUUUGCGGUUGAUUUUUUUAUAUUUUGCUGCGGAUGUUUAUUGGAUUAGACAAAGAAAAGUACAGUAAAGGCAUUAUACAGUAGGUGCUCAGAAGAUUGUAAUCGGGCGUGCUGUCGGAGAAGCUGCAGUGUUGUGUUUGAUGUACGCGCUGUUUCAUCAAAGCCUGGAUUAUAGAUCCCGGAGUUUCGGUAAUUCCCGUUUCGGGCCGCGAACCGCCGCCGCCGCCGCGAGUAUGUUUUUAGCGGUGAGAAUUUCCCCACGAUUUUUGCCCUUAAUAACCAGCUGCUUAUCAAUCACUCACCAUUUCUCCAGCUUCUUUACUGCCUAAUAUAUUCAAUGCACGUUCACCCGUCAGAAGACAAUUGACUUUGGAUUUCUCGGUUUCUCAUUCAGAUUUAGGGGUACAAACACAGGCCUGUAUUAAUCCCACGUGUCCGUCCAUUUAUUUUGUUGAUUGCGUUUAUGUUUUCAGUACGUAUACCCACUAAAUAAUGCGUAAAUAAGAAGUAUUUUCAGCCGGAAUUUUAGCAGUUAACUACGGAUCCACCACGAAGGCAUUUGCGCCUCUGAAAUGAUGGAAACGUAUCGGAAACAUGGGCCUAGUUAUUUAAAUAUAUGUCCCCCUUUGCAUGUGCAUGGAACUGUCCGCUUUAUUGUCGCUGCAACGAUCUGCACCCUGUGAACGCAUGGCUGGCAGUGAGGAGCCCAGCGUAACUCGGCUGCUCAUGCAGACGCACCACAGACUUCACAGCGGCUUAGGCCGCCUGACCCACGACGCCAGGGUGGCUGAGUUGCUGGACACCUGGCUGGGGCAGUACCUCUCCUCCCAUCCAUUCCUAGCUCUCACCCUGAUGCUGUUCCUCGUCAUGUCCACAGUUCCGAUUGGUCUCUUCCUUAUGUUUGCUGCAGCCACCAUCCUUGCCGCCAGCGUCGGGGCUGUUAUACUGGAAGGGGUGGUUCUCUGCCUCGGGGGGGCUACUCUCCUGUGUGUGCUCUGCUGUUUGGCUAUUGCCGCCUUCAUGGUGUCUGCUUUCCUCACUGCCGUAUACAUAACCGGAUCCACUGUGCUCCACCUAUACUACACUCACCGCUUUUUGCGAAAGGAGGAGCUGCCAGCAAGUCUGAACACAGAGGAGGUGAAGAAAACUCAGUGAGCAGGUUUUGACAAACAUCAGCCUGUCUCCAACCGGAGCAGCAUGCAUGGGCGCCGCUGGACCCCUUUGACUGGUGAACCAAGUAAAAUCUCAUGAUCAAAUCAUUUGAGUAAUGGGGGGUGGCCUGUGCCCCAGUAGAGAUUUAUUUCUACAUUUCCCCUGCCAGCAUCUUCUGCUGGACCUGUGUGUCCUAGAGCCUUUCUGGCUGCGGUUUCACAAGCAGGAAGUGACAUGCGCUGAGAAUCCCCGGGGGCGCCCCACUGCCUCUAUGUUUACUCAGCGUCAGAGUGUGAUGUAGGUGGGAAGUUCUGCUGGGGGGGGUGGGAUCCCAGGGAUUCUGUAGCUGUUGCCAUUUAUUUUCACAAACCUGAGUUCAGAAACGAUUCAGUGAGUAGAUUGAGAUUUUUUUUUAUGUAUAACUAGUGGAAUUGUUUUCAAGUUUUACUAAGAGAUCGUUUAAACAUUAUUGGAAGUUAAGCCAGUCAGCGUUAUUUUGCAAUAUAGAACAGAUUAUGUACCAUUGUCUUAAAUGUAGUUUUUAGGUCAAGCACAGUGAUACGGAGUUCAAUUUCUGAAUGUGCUGUGGAAACCAGUUCUACUAAUAAAUCCAGUAUGUGGGAGUGUUGGAAUAAAAUCAGCAGUGAGGAACGUCAGGAAUUUAGCCACCAGUGGAUCUUUGAGAAUGAAAUGAAUGUGAGUGACAGACAGGAGCAGCAAGUGUGCAGAGGUUUUACAGAAGGACGUUAAGGGAAAGAACAGACGCAUGUCAAUGUGGCCAGAGCCCAAUUCUGACUGUUUUAUAUUGUUUGCAAAAGAUGCCAUAACUGAGGUUAACUCAAUGUUUGGUCCUUGGCCUGCUGCCACACUUCUGAACUGCCAUUCUUUGAAAAUCGUGUUAGUAAAUCUUUGAAAAAAAAUCUAUGGGUGUGAGACAUUUUCAAUAAUGUUUUGGCUGCUAAGUCAUUACAUUUCAGUUUUGUUUGUUAAAACAACCCCCUAACAAUUGCUUCUCUGAUUACUUACAAACUCCAUUUACUUUGCCUGGUACAAAUUUAACUCCUGGAACUCAAAACGUUUCCCAUAAAAUCUUUAUUGGAGGUGUUCCCACGGCGUAACAUGCAAUGUACAAGAAACAAACAAACAAAAAGCUGUCGUCAAAAUGUGGAAUCUAAAUAAUUCAAAAUGAAUUCCUCACAAACUUCCAGGAUUUAAAAAAAAAAAAUGCAUAACUGUCCACAAAU